AUUACACAGAAAACUGUCACUGCAUGGCACUGGUUGGUCUUGUCCCGAUAAAACAAAAUGGCGGAUUGGGAAUCAGGAAAGCCUCCAAUGACACCCCCGCAGCAGAAUGUCCAACCUUUCGAUCAAGGAUCCCCUCCUGGAUACAAUACCCCCCAGUAUCCGGGACAACAAGGGCCUAUGCCGGUAACAGGUCAACCUGGGGUGGGGCAGCCAUUUGGAUACCAUACCAUUAACACCACUGUGGUUGUACAGCAACAACCGGUGCCAACUCGACCUCAGAUGAGGGACUGGAGCACCGGUAUCUGUGGCUGUUUCGAGGACAUUGCAUCUUGCUGCGCUGUGACUUGGUGUGCGAAUUGCUAUACGUGUUACCUCUCAUCAAAGCUUGGGGAGUCCUGUUGUCUGCCAUUUGCUUUCCCAGUAUGCGGUUCUCUGGUUCCUCUCCGAACCAAAGUCCGUGCAGAAAACAACAUUGUCGGCAGUAUUUGUGAGGACUGCUGCAUGGUUUGCUGGUGUCCUGUCUGCGUUAUGUGCCAACUGUCACGUGAACACGAUAACAUCCAGCUGAACCAACAGAUUAUCAUGAGAUGACAUUCGGGAUUUUUUUUUUUGGGGGGGGGUUAGCUAGACAAAAGGAUUUUCAUUCAUCCUAUGCUGGAAUUGGUGUAUAACGUUUUAUUUCUUCGUCAAGUACAACAGAAAUCCUUGUUUUGGUUGGUGCACCUUUCUUUUUUGUAAUGAACCAACAACUUGAUAUAUAUUUAGAGAUUGUUUGAUUGAUCGAUUGAUUAUUUUCCUUUCUCCCUUCAGUUUUUCUUUCAAAUAACGAGAUAAACUUAUUGACCAUUAUAAAGCAGUUUGCUUAAUAAAGUGAUUAAAAGUA